AUGGUUAAAGAGUCCAAGGCUGAUGGGAGUCACGAUUACAAGAGAUGCAAGGAGUUGGGCCAGUUUGAUGCAGGUGACAAAGAAAUCUGGUUGAUCAAAGCUCCAAAAAACGUUAAGAUUGGCAAACUUAAGAGUCUUCCAGUCGAUUUCGCCGGUAGUGGGCAUGCAAUCUUUGAACUGGGCGAUAAACGGUUUGAAGUGAAACAAGAAAUCGACGGAGAUUUCAGUGACCUUGCUUUGCUCGUGCCAAAGAACGCAGAAAGCCUUGUGAAGGGCAGCGACGUGAGUCGUGUUUUCAGCAUUAACGAAAGCGUAGAACUGCGUGCAUCACCGAAGGUCAAGCGGAGCGCCGAAGAACAUACACAGGGUGAUAACGACGUCGCGCUAAAUACGGACAAACCGGCCAAGAAACACAAGAAGGAUAAAAAGAAGGACAAGAAGCACGACAAGAAGGACAAGAAGGAAAAGAAGCACAAGCACAAGAGCAAAGAGUAA